UUGCUGUCUGAAAAAAAGUUGGUAUUCAAUCCAAGAAAAUUAUUUCUUAUUUUAUAUUGUAAAAGGGCAGGGGCUGAACAAACCAAUUACUUAGAUGUUAUAGUUAUCUCAUAAAUGACCGAUUCUUGUAAUGUCACAAUCAAUAAAACGUCACAAUUAUGUAUUAAAACAACUUCAUAUUGUGUGUGCUUUCUUUUUUUGAAUAUUGUAAUUGCAUUUUAUUUCAAAUACAAAUGACGGACAGUCGUCUUCGCCCUAGGAAUCGUUUUACAAUGGAUGACAACACCUUAUUAUUAUAUGAUUUUAUAGACGCUUUUUACGUUACAGCGUCAUUGCAGGGAAAAAUUGCCUAUUUGUUAAUGUCUGUCCAUGUUGUUAAUCCCGGAAUAUUUAUAAGUUGGAAUUUAAGAAAAGUUAAUAUUUUCAGUGUUUUACAAUAUAAUCCACACACACUGUUAUUUAGAAAUAUGGUUUAUGGAAUGGCCGUUCAUAUAUUUUCUAGACCUUCCAUGUUUUCUUUAAUAUUCACAACACGUCUGUCUUUUAGUAUUCUUGGGUCGAUGAUGUUCAGCUAUUCUAGCUUACAAGUUUUCGAAUGGUUAAUUGGUAAAAUGGGCGAUAAUCAUAUAAACUUGUUAACGCUAUUAGGAUUUUUGGCGGGAAGAUUAAUGAUGGGUUCCCUGGUUGCUUAUCUCUAUCACGUAGAUAGUCGUAAUGUUUUUGCUUACCGAUACGUUCGACGAGAUAAUGUACUUGAAUCGAUGUACACGACCUUUUAAAUAAACAAAUUUGAAUAGG